AUGGCUUCAAUUGACAGACACAAUGAGGAGAUUCCUAAUAAUCUCCAGCCUGGGGACCUAAUUGAAAUAUUCCGGCCAGCAUACCAGCAUUGGGCACUAUAUCUUGGUGAUGGCUAUGUCAUCAAUGUUGCACCAAUGGAAGAAAACACAGUUGCCUCAUUUUCAAGUGCAAAGUCUGUCUUCAGCAGAAAGGCUCUUGCAAAGAUGCAGCUCCUCAAAGAUGUUGUGGGAAAUGAUACUUACAAAGUGAACAAUAAGUAUGAUGAUAAGUACACACCACUUCCAGCAGAAGAAAUUAUUCAACGUGCAGAGAUAUUUAUUGGACAGGAAAUAUGCUAUGACCUUCUUGGAAAUAACUGUGAACAUUUUGUCACACUGCUUCGUUACGGAGAAGCCGUAUCUGAUCAGGCCAACAGAGCUAUAAGUGCCGUUGGGUUCGUAACUGCAGCUGCUGGAGCAUUUUCACUUCUUGGUAUAUUUCAAAAUAAAUCAAGACAAGGACAAUACUGA